UAAUAGACAAAACUGGUUGUAGUCAAUAAUAUCAAAAUGAGUUUCCAGCUUUAUUUUAAGUAAUAUUAUACAAUAAUAAGAAAAACAACAAUUUCAGUGCAGAAAGCUGAAGACAUUACAUGUGCUUGAGAAAUUGAAAAGCAGAUAAUUUAUCAAGAUUUCAAAACUAGGUCAUUUAGGUGGUAAAAAAACAGAAUUCAAUCAUAGUUAAUUACAGUACAAUAAGUAAACAGCAAUGUUCAGCUGGCUUGGAACGGAUGACAGGAGGAAGAAGGAGCCAGAAGUCUUCCAGACGGUYAGUGAUGGACUGAAAAAACUCUACAAAACAAAACUCCUGCCUCUGGAGGAGACCUACAAGUUCCAUGAGUUCCACUCUCCAGCCCUGGAGGAUGCCGACUUUGACAACAAGCCUAUGGUCCUGCUGGUGGGACAAUACUCAACCGGCAAGACGAGCUUCAUUCGCUACCUGUUGGAGCAGGAUUUUCCUGGAAUGCGUAUCGGCCCCGAGCCCACCACGGAUUCUUUCAUCGCGGUCAUGCACGGCGACAUCGAAGGAGUCAUCCCCGGCAACGCGCUGGUGGUCGACCCCAAGAAGCCCUUCAGGAAGCUGAACGCGUUCGGAAAYGCCUUUCUCAACAGGUUCGUGUGUGCCCAGCUUCCAAACCCUGUGCUGGAAAGCAUUAGUGUGAUUGACACACCAGGGAUCCUGUCUGGAGAGAAACAGAGAAUCAGUCGUGAAGAAGACUUGUCAGGCUAUAGCUGUCUGCGUAGAUGUCCUUAUGGAGGUUACGACUUCGCAGCUGUCUUGGAGUGGUUUGCAGAGCGAGUGGACAGGAUCAUCCUCCUGUUUGACGCUCACAAGCUGGACAUAUCUGAUGAGUUCUCAGAGGUGAUAAAAGCCUUGAAGAACCACGAAGACAAGAUCAGAGUUGUGCUGAACAAGGCAGAUCAGAUCGAAACCCAGCAGCUGAUGAGAGUGUACGGUGCCUUAAUGUGGUCCCUGGGCAAAAUAGUCAACACGCCUGAGGUGAUUCGCGUGUACAUCGGCUCAUUCUGGUCCCACCCGCUGCUGAUUCCUGACAACAGGAAGCUGUUUGAAGCAGAAGAGCAGGAUUUAUUCAAGGACAUUCAGUCCUUACCGAGAAACGCGGCCCUUCGAAAACUCAACGAUCUGAUCAAGAGAGCGAGGCUAGCCAAGGUUCAUGCCUACAUCAUCAGCUCUCUGAAGAAAGAAAUGCCCUCAGUGUUCGGGAAGGAGAACAAGAAGAAAGAGCUGAUUGGUACUCUGGGAGACAUCUACAAACGCAUUGAGAGAGAGCAUCAGAUAUCACCGGGGGAUUUUCCUAAUCUGAAGAAGAUGCAGGACCAGCUUCAAGCUCAAGAUCUCACCCGGUUCCAGCCUCUCAAACCCAAACUCUUGGAGGCGGUCGAUGACAUGCUAGCCAACGACAUCGCCAGCUUGAUGGUUCUGGUGCGCCAGGAGGAAACCCAGCAUCCCAACUCGGCGGUGAAAGGAGGAGCAUUUGACGGCACUUUAAACGGCCCGUUCGGUCACGGGUACGGCGAAGGGGCCGGCGAGGGCAUCGACGAGGCCGAGUGGGUUGUCGCUCGCGACAAACCCGCUUACGACGAGAUUUUCUACACGCUGUCUCCCGUCAACGGGAAGGUGUCGGGAGCCAACGCCAAGAAGGAGAUGGUGAAAUCCAAACUGCCCAACACAGUCCUGGGAAAGAUCUGGAAGUUGGCCGACAUCGAUAAGGACGGGAUGCUCGACGACGAGGAGUUUGCUUUGGCCAAUCACCUAAUCAAGGUGAAACUGGAAGGACAUGAACUCCCAUCAGAGCUGCCUGCACACCUCAUACCUCCAUCCAAGAGAAAAUUAUCUGAAUAAAAGGAGAUUGUUGUAUAAACUGCCCUUUAAGCUUAUGGAUAGUCCCCCCCACCUCAUCUCUAGAAAAAACUCUCCCUGCACAGUGAAAACAUACACAUAUAAACUAAUUCUAAUGCCRUCUAGUCCUGUUUCUCUAAUCACAAUAUCUGUAGUCUUAGAAACAUUACAAACUAAUAAACACUAAACUCUCAUCCUACUAGCUUGAAUUUAGCACUUGUGUUAAAUCAGACAUCACAGUACUGAUUAAUAGUCUCUUUUAAAGUUAACAAAAGCCUUUCAUAGGUUUGUAAUAUUUUACAAAACAGCUCAGAAAGUUGUUUUAAUGUCUGACGUAGGACAGAAGUUAAACAGGUCAGAAACAGAAACACUGGAACUUGAGCAAAAAGCUACUGGAACAAAACAAAACACUGAAUGGAUAAAAGAGAAAAACAACAAACUUUACCUAUAAUAAGAACAAAAAAUGGUGUUUUUGUGCACACAGUGACAAUGAACUGCAGGAUUCCACAUGCGGUCCAGCCAUUCUUUAGUUUCGUCUUCCUGGUGCAGACAUGCAGUCUGGUCUUUAUGUAAGGAUGACAAGAGCUGCUGGAAGGCAGGAGAAUACAUAAACACAGAAAAGGCAAUUUCAUUAUAAAUUGUACAACCAGUUAUCAUGAAAUAAUGAAUAAGUUUUUAAUGAGUUUGAAUUUGUGCUGCGGCUGAUAUGGCAUCACUAUAAUUUACCGCUGCACCAGGAUGGACCUUCGAUCUCUGAUCCAUAAACKGUUCUUAAUCUCAUUAACAUGUAUUGAUACUGUGACUAUAAUACCAGACUAUAUUCUGAAUAUUGUUUGGAAUUUGAAUGUUUAUUGUGCAGAUGUCCUGUGUACUCAUGCAUUCUGAACACGUCUGUGCUAAAUAUCUGUAUGUAUUCAAUUGUUAUCCAAGCUUUCAAUGUGCUUUUAUUUUGAAAAUGUUUAGUUAUUUUUAAGUAAUCUCAUAUGAACUAAGAUGCUAGCCUAAAAACUAAAAAGUUUGCUUUAUCCUUUUUUUUUUCUUUUGUAGUGGCACUGACUAAAAUAUUUUUUAAAUGCUUAUCUAUUUCACUUGUCUGAAAAACAGAAGUGUAAAUGUUAUGUUACUUUUAGGUUUAUGCCAGUAAAUGUAGUGAUAUAUCCAUCAAAUAUGAGAUAAAACAUACCUAAGAUUUCAUUUGAAAUGUUAAACAUGGGUGAGUACAAGUGUUGCAGAAAGGAUAUAUCUCCAGUUAUCAGCCUUUUUUUUUUUUGGUUUGUGUUUCUGUGUUCUGCAGUAAAUCUAAUGUAAAGAUUAAAUGCAUUCCACGAGUACAGAUUAAGGCAGACAUUGAGAGUUCACCUCCCCUAAGAUAAAGUUUGAGGAGCAGAAUACGACACCACAAUCCAUCUUUUUGAUUUUAGUUGAAUUCCUGGACGCUGAUAUGAUUGUGAUUAAGUUUAAGCUCAUCAACACGUAUCAGGUCAGCCAGGAUAACAAACUGACCAACAUGUCUGUAGAACGUUUUCUAUUCUUUAUUAGUUUCUGACUGUGAUUACAAAAGAAAAGUCCAAUUCCUGCAGAACAUUUAUUCUCUGCAGAUUAAUUUGCAUUUGCUGAAACAGUUGUAAACUUGGCUUCCACACAGAAAAUCUGCAGUCGUCUCCAUCAUCCUGCAUGCUGUACUCAUUACUGUUUCAUCAGAGCUUUUUGGUAAAAACGUGGAAGAGAUGCUUGUUGAGUGUGGGUUGCAAAACCGGAGUUGUUUUCAUGCGUUCACAGAUUACAACAUGAGUUCUGUGGUGGGKAAGUGAAGUGGAAGAACUGGCGUGCAAGUGUUGCUUUGUUUGUUUUACUGUCAGAAUAAAAGUCAUUUAUUCAACUCACUAAA